AGUCGGACCGCCGUAGGGCAGAAGAGAGAGAAAGAAAAGAAAAGAAAAAGAAAAAGAAAAGAAAGGGAAUCAAGAGAGGGAAAGUAGGAGGUACAAAAAGGGCCCAUAUUUAAAGAGCACAAACAGGAAAGAGGUGUGUUAGAGACAGUCUGGGAGCGGACGGAGAGAGAGACAAGUUUAUCAAGGUCUCAAGGUUUCAGAUUUGCCUUUUCCCUGUUUCCCUGCUGGGCUGUUUUUCCAGCUUUCUGAGACCCGUGACUAUUUUUGGUCCGUCAGUGUCGGAGCGGUUUGGGAUGGAUGCCAUCAUGCUGCAAGAGAAACUGGUGGAACGGCUGCUAUGCCCACGAGUGAGAACAGCCAGGCAGAAGGAGAAGCAGUAUGUGGGUUUCGCAACUCUGCCCAACCAGGUCCACAGGAAGUCUGUGAAGAAGGGCUUCGAUUUCACGCUCAUGGUGGCAGGAGAGUCUGGUAUGGGUAAAUCCACCCUGGUCAACAGCCUGUUCCUCACAGAUCUGUACAAAGACAGGAAGCUACUGAAUGCUGAGGAGCGAAUCAACCAAACUGUGGAGAUCAUCAAACACACUGUCGACAUCGAGGAGAAAGGGGUCAAGCUCAAGCUGACCAUCGUCGACACGCCGGGGUUCGGAGACGCCGUCAACAACAACGAGUGCUGGAAGCCGAUCACAGACUACAUAGAUCAGCAGUUUGAGCAAUACUUCAGGGAUGAGAGCGGGCUGAACAGAAAGAACAUCCAGGACAACAGAGUCCACUGCUGCCUCUACUUCAUUCCUCCGUUCGGGCACGGGCUGCGUCCAGUGGAUGUCGAGUUCAUGAAGGCCCUGCAUGAAAAAGUGAACAUUAUCCCGCUGAUCGCAAAAGCUGACUGCCUCACACCCAACGAGAUAAAGAAGCUCAAAGACAGAAUACGAGAGGAAAUAGACAAGUUUGGGAUCAAAGUGUACCAGUUCCCGGAAUGUGACUCUGAUGAGGACGAAGAGUUUAAACAACUUGACAAAGAGCUGAAGGAGUGCACCCCGUUCGCUGUGAUCGGCAGUAACACAGUGGUGGAAGCUCGAGGGCAAAGAGUCAGAGGGAGACUGUACCCCUGGGGGAUUGUUGAAGUGGAGAACCAGUCGCAUUGUGACUUUGUGAAAUUGAGGAACAUGCUGAUUCGCUCACACAUGCACGACCUGAAAGACGUGACCUGCGACGUCCACUAUGAGAACUACAGAGCUCAGUGCAUACAGGAGAUGACCAGUAAACUGGCUCAGGACAACCGUAUGGAGAGUCCCAUCCCCAUCCUGCCGCUCUCCACCCCGGAUGUGGAGACCGAGAAACUCAUCAAAAUGAAAGAUGAGGAGCUGAAGAGGAUGCAGGAGAUGCUGAAUAAGAUGCAGCAGCAGAUGCACGAUAAAGACCAGUGAUGUCUCCGGGAGUAGAGCUGUGCUGCAGCGCCGCCUGCUGUUUGUCCCCCUGAACGACAGUGAGCCCUUCAGAUGUCGACCAUGGAUAUCGAGCGUUAGUGGCGACUCUGGCUGUACAUUUAUCCUCAGUUUGGUGCUUUGUAUAGUUUGUCUGCCUGAAGGUUUGUCCGUCAGAGGGUUUUUUUUUUUUUUUUCUCUGAAACUACCCGUUUGCCCACUUUGAGCCUCUCGCUGUGGUUUAACAGUCUUAACAUAUAUAAUAUAAAUGCGUAAUUUAAAUAACUCAGUGUAUCUAAUUUAUAAAUGCAAUGCUAAACUUUUUGGAUAUUUUGUCAGGGUAUGAACAUGUGUGCUACAAGAUGUUUUGUAAAGAAAACUUAGGUUGUUGGUGAUGUUUAACUUUGAACAUGGAUAUUGUUUUUUUUAUUCUGUGUCUGUGAAUGUGUGUGUGUUUGGGGAUGUGUGUGUGUGUGUGUGUGUGUGUGUGUGUGUGUGUGACCGUUUGUAUCUGAUGAGAUUUCCUCUGAUAUCACCAGGUAUCCGUCCAUAAAAACUCCCUUUUGUCCUGUUCAAAAUCUAACUGUUGCUCUCUGACCCUCAUAAAUACCUUCAUGUGACAUUUUUUCACAUAUGGCAAGUCAAAAUAUCCUCUUCCAGCAUUUUUUUAUGUGCUGGCUGAGCUGAAAAUGCACUUAUUGCCAGUGGCUAACUGUGAAUGGAGAGCCUUUGAGGGGGUUGGUGCAGUACGAGGGUGCAUGUGCAAGCAUGCUGCCAUUACUCAUAUCCGCUAAAUGCUGUGGGCCUAUUUUUACUGCUCUAUAGCCGAUGAUGCCCUGUGCUUGUAUUGAAAUGCAUCCUGAUGACCGACAGUAUGCUUUGUUGCCACUGCGGGAUGGUAAAAGUAGAUCAAUACUGAGGAGCAAAUACUAUGUCUGUGCUUUUCUCUCCUUGGAAGUGAGUUGCUGCAUUCUGCCAGUGAAGAUGUGUAACCCUGUGUGUGUGUGAGAGAUAGAGUGUGUGUGUGUGUUGGUGUGUGUGUGUGUGUGUGUAGGCCGAUGCUGAAGAACAGAACAUAUUUUGCCUGAAGGCUGUGAGCUCAGCCUGUGCCCCAUUUAUAAAGGUGUGACAAAUAAACUCUUGUUUUCUCGUCAA